AAACAGAAAACGGACAUACGCACAAUGCUGCCCUGUUCUAACUUUAAUUUUACACGAAGAAAGUUCUACUGAAACAGACAUCUGCAGUUUGUUAUCUCGCUCUGGACUUGGUUGGAUAUUUCGGACAUUUCUUCGUUUUUCUUCGUUUUGAAUUCCUUCCCCUUUAAGGACGAUUAAAGGUUCUGCAAACAUGUUGCAAAGUUUCGCUCAGUCGCAGGACUGGCUUUACACGGAGCCACUGCUGUUUGACGAUGAGUUCUGCCAGAGUUUGAUGAAGGACCUCCAGUCGCUGCCGACACCCCCUCAGUCUCCCCCCAUGAAGACUGGGCUGUGUGGCAGCAAGCCCCUGUCCAAGGAGGACCAGCUGAGCUACGUGUCGGACAUUCUGCUGGAGGACCACGACAUGCAGCUCAACUGGAACUGCGACUUUUUCCACUCUGAUGCUACAGAGAAGGAGGGCGAGCCCAGCCAGCCCUGCUCCCCUCUGGACGAGGGUGGCGAGGACUGCCUGUGGCAGUGCUUAUCAGACAAGAGUCUGGAGGAGAAGCUGGUCUCCACCAUGCUCGGCUCCAGCCCGCUGCUGUCAGACAUCGACACCAGCAUCUUUGAGGAGAUCGCCGGUUCCACGCUCGACUGCCAGAACCUGGUUGACACUCAGGAGCGAAGCGAGGCCACAUCAGACUAUGGCUCAACCGGUGGCGAGUUGUCCACCUAUUCAUCCAGUGACUCUGAAGAGGAAAUCGACGUGGUGACGGUUGUGCGCCAUCCCUCCAGCCCUUCCCCCCUGCCCUCAUUGGCUGACCUGGCUGUUCGCCAGCAGAAGCAAGAAGAGCAGCGGGCUCUCCAGCGCCACCACAUUGAGAUCCAGCUGCAGCACAACUACGCUGCCCCUUGCCCUGCCUCGCCACCACCGUCAUCCAACAAACGCUCAAGAGGGAGUGACAGCUCGUUGCGCUUCCACCACUCUUCCCGCAGCUCUUCAUCUUCUUCUUCGUCGUCCUCUUCGCGGUACCACCACUCGUCACGAAACUCAACAGAGACCGAGGAUGAGGAGGAGCGGCGACGGACUCACAACGUGAUGGAGCGGCAGCGCCGCAAUGAGCUAAAGAACUGCUUCAUGCGCCUGCGCGACCAUGUGCCUGAGCUUUCACACAAUGACAAGGCAUCCAAGGUGGUGAUUCUAAAGAAGGCCAGGGACUGCAUCUAUGGCCUGGAGGGUGAGGGCCACAGACUGCAAGCCAAGAGAGACAAACUUAAAGCCAAACAGGAAGAGCUGAAAGCCAGGCUAGCAGCGCUCCGCAGCUAAUGAAGCUUAGGUGUUAAGAGACAUUGUGGGAGAGUGAGGGUGGACAGGGGAAAAGACUUUGUACAAAGACAGGGGGAUGGGUAGGGAUAAAGGAUGGCGCAUCAUGCUGUAAAGAGCACACAAAGUUUGACAUUUCAAAGACUUUAUGGUAACAAUAGGUCCGGACUGUGUAUACUCACACACGCACACCGUUUCCCUGGACAAAGAACACAACACACUCAUUGCCUCAGAGUUGAUCAUUCUCAUGCCUUGACUGCUGACUGUUGUAGAGCGUAGGUUGCUUUUCAAAGUUAAAGAAAGAUGGAGUUUGCAGAUUUUUUGUUGUUUUUUGUUUGUUUGUUUUGGCUGAAUGCACACUGAAAGACAAGAACGAUAUUAUUUGUUUUUUGGUUCAUUACAUCUGAGUCUUUACUUUGGGGAUGCCAAAUGGCAUGGGUUUAAAUGACACAAAGCCAGAAGUUCCUGUUGGGCCAAGUAACGAGAAGCCACAGUAGCUCAGUGUUCAGUAGUUGAAUGAAACUUGAAUCUUGAUUUCAGGAUGUCUUAUAGCCAUAUUAACCAGUGAUCCCUCCACUCUGACAGGUGUUUUAUGGUGGCUUUGAAGUUAUUUGGACAACUGUACAUCUGUAAAAUUCCAGUUCUAAUGCCUUUGUGUUUGAUCAGGGGCGGUACACCUGGCAAACGGUAACGCAGGUGUCCUAAGGCGAGCUCAGGGAGGACAGAAACCUUCCAUGGAGCAGAAGGGCAAAAGCUCGCUUGAUCCUGACUUUCAGUAU